CUUCAAACCCCCCAUACCAAUUGUAUCAUAUCAUCAUUGCAUUUGUACUUGGGAAAACGCUACCUCUUCCCUCCCCAACACACCCCACCCCCACCCACCCACCCCAGAGCGUCUGCUACUACUUUUCACUCUCUUCCUCCUGCUCCAGUAGCCAUGGAUACUCCCGAAGCUCUCAACAAAGUUCUCUCCCGGAUUCAAACCUUCGAGCCACAAAAUGCCCACAAAAUAAUCGGUUUCAUUCUGCUUCAGGAGCAUGGCGACAAGAAUGUCAUCAGGCUAGCUCAUGUCCCCGACGCCCGCCUUCUUUCCAUCAUCGAUGAAGCCAAAGCUUUCCUGGGACUUUCGUCGAACGCUUCGUCUUCUCCUUCUUCCCCGAGUUUGGGCCCGUUUUACCGGCCUCCCCUGAGGGUCACGAUUCCCCAGAACGAGAUUCGGUCAUCUCCCUGGUCCAACGGCUCCCCGGUUUUCUCAAGAAGCCCCGGGUCUGGACUUCCGGGUUCCUCGGCUCCUUUUUCUCGCAGCGGCGGCGACCCCAUUGGUCGGUUGCCGGUUGCUAACGAGUCCUGCGAUUCUCCCGGGUUUCUACCGACUGAGGGAAACCGGUUAACUCUUCAGCAUCACAAUCGGAGGUGCUCUUCUGAUGAUGUUUUCGCCAUUGAUUGUAACGACGGAGUUUGGGGGCCUCCGGUUUUCGACAAUCGCAAGUUUCUGCAUGGUUCUUCUGCUGAUUUGGCUGUAAAAGAUGACACUUCUCUUGAAGAGUUUCUUCGCAUCAAUGCCCUUCAGCAGCGGAGGCUCUCUGCUGCUUCUAUGCUCAUGGCUUCUGAUGGUCGAUACCCCCUCAGUUACAGUGAUCGCCUGGGUAAUUUGAACGACAGCCCAAGGUCGGGACCGGUGAUCAGUGAUCUCGUGGGAGGCAAUUCAGAUGGGUACUCAAAUCCAAGUUCUUGUCAGAUUUACUUGACAUUUCCAGCUGAUAGCACAUUCACUGAAGAUGAUGUUUCUAGCUACUUUAGUAUGUAUGGGCCAGUGCAAGAUGUUAGAAUUCCAUUUCAGCAGAAGCGGAUGUUUGGUUUUGUUACGUUUGUCUAUGCGGACACUGUGAAGCUAAUCUUAGCCAAAGGAAACCCUCAUUUUGUGUGCGACUCCCGUGUUCUUGUUAAACCGUACAAGGAAAUGGGAAAAACCUCUGACAAGAAUAGAAAGCAAAAACUGCUCCAUCUGGAUAUGGGAAAGUCAUCAACAAGUUUAAGCUCACCCGGUGUUGAUUCUAGGGAGCCCCUUGACAUUCCAUUUGGGCCAAGAAUGUUUCACAAGUCAAAGGAGGCUACACUUAGGAGAAUGUUAGAGCAUGAAGCUCAUUUGCAGAAAACCAUCCAGCUGCAGAGCAGACGAUUAAUGGAUUUGCAGCUUAUUGAUGAGAUGAAGAAUAGAGGGAGUAUUAAUGAGUUCCAGCCUGGCAGCUCAUCUCCCAUCCUCCCACUCUCUCAGUCACCAAAUCAUCAUAGUUUCAGUCUUAAUGAGACAGCAGAAAUUAACGAGAAAGAGAACGAUAGUGGACAUGAAAAUAGUGGCAAUAAGCAACAUGAUAGCCUUGAUAGUUCUGAGCUUCAUAACAGGCUACAAAAGUUCUUGAACUAGUUAGACCCAGCAAGGGUAUCUGAUUAAGAAGCCAUAGAUUGUAGUAGUAGGUGUGCUAUAAUUGACCUCGGGUUAGCAAGGGUAUCAAAUUUUGAAAGUUUGAAUAGUAGGCCAAAAGACCAGAAGUAAAGAUCUGUAAGGAAGAUCUCUUCAGGAUCAAACAGGACAUUUUACUUACAGCAAUAACUGAUGCAUAUAUAUAUAGGACAAGUGACUUUUUUAGAUAGAUUAGCUCUGUGAAAUUGCUCUUUUAUACCUAUAUCAACCAUUUCACAAAAACUUUACUGUAUUUGAUCGAAUGGGUUGUACAACUACUGUGACUUUUUGUAAGAGUAAUACUCCGUUGUAGAUUUUACGGAGUAUAUCAACUAUAAUUAGGGUUAAAAGACAUCACCUUUUUGUUCAUGUGGCAAAAUAUAGGCUUCGGGUUUAAUUUUAGAAUGGUAUGUCUCAUACUCGUGUGAUAGAAUGGGUACUUGUGUUUUUUCUUAGUCUCCU